AGUUUUCAGGGCUUCUGAGAGUUCCGUUCAGUUUGGGCCAUGACGCUUUUGGCCUUUGCCCUGCCACCCGGCGCUGGAACCAGCGCUGCGACCGGUGUCGGGACACCGCCCUGUCGCUUCAGUGCACAGUCCGCCUCUGAGGCGAGACAUGGAAGUGGUGCACACUGGGGCUUCUUUGCGUUGAGCGCGCUGUCGCUCCGCGCGCUGGCGCGCGGAGUCUCCGCGCGGCGUGCCUACACAGGCGUUGGAGACUACAGAGGUGGAUAUCGGGGCAACUAUAUGUCUGCGGAAGAGCAAGCGGAACGUACAGAACAGAAGCGCCGGAGGGAAGCUGCGCAAUUCUUUGCGCAUCAGAAACGGCUCAUUAGCACUGGUGUUCCUCCCACCGAUGAAGUGACUUGGGCGCGAGAGGAAAAGCGCUUGUUCGGCGCCAACCACGUGGUGGCUGGCAUCAACUUCUCGAAGUAUGACAACAUCGAGGUGACCACUGAGGGAGGCACUGGUCGGGAGCAGGCCAUCAAAAGCUUCCAAGAAGCUUGUGACCGCUACAAACUACCCGACGCGCUCACAGAGAACUUGAACCGGUGUAGCUAUUCCAUUCCCACACCCGUGCAGAAGUACAGCAUCCCAGCCGUUUUGGAAGGCAGUGAUGUGAUGGUCACUGCGCAGACGGGCAGCGGAAAGACCGCAGCUUUCUUGGUCCCCAUCAUCACAGCAGCACUGCAGGCUGGCCCAAAGGAGCUGAAAGAGGGCGCUGUGUGUCCCACCAGCGUGGUGCUGGCGCCCACACGCGAGCUGUGUCAGCAGAUCACCCAGGAGGCCAAACGCCUGACGUAUCGCAGCGACGCCCGGGUCGCGUGCAUCGUCGGGGGGGAAGAUGCUUUGACUCAGCUCCGAAGCAUUGUUUCUGGGAUUGAGAUUGUGGUGGCAGCCCCUGGCCGCUUAGAUGAUUUCCUGAACCGUGGCGUGAUCAGUAUGGAGGAGGUCAAGUUCCUGGUGGUCGACGAGGCUGACCGCAUGCUGGACAUGGGCUUUGAGCCGCAGAUUCGAAAUAUUAUCGAGAACUACGGCAUGCCGGAGCCUGGCGAGGGUGGACGUCAGACGAUGAUGUUCUCAGCCACCUUUCCGCAGGAGAUGCAGGAUAUGGCACUGGACUUUUUGGACCCAUCUUACUAUGGCAUUUCGGUGGGCCAGGUGGGCCACGCAGCGACCGAUGUGGACCAGCACUUCGAGAAGGUGAACUGGAGCGAAAAGUUUGACAGACUUUGCGAAGUUUUGGACGAGGUCAGUGAGAAUGGCUCACCAAAGAAGACAAUCGUUUUCGCGAACACGAAGAACGUUGUGGACGACAUUGCCAGUCAGCUCCGGGAACGCGGCAUCAGUGCAGCGCCAAUGCAUGGAGGAACCAACCAGAUGUUCCGUAACCGGGCGCUGGCAGAUGUCAAAAACGGACGCAUUAGUGUGCUGGUGGCGACGGACGUGGCAGCGCGGGGCUUGGAUGUUCCAGGGGUUGAGCACAUCGUGAACUACGACCUUCCAAUGGACGGAGACAGCUACGUGCACCGGAUUGGCAGGACCGGCCGUAUUGGCAACAAGGGCCGUGCGACCUCCUUUGUGGGAAACAGAGAAACAGCCUUGAGGAGCAUUGUACGGGCCAUGCAGGAAGCUAAGAAAGAUGAUCCUGAGUCCUCGGAUGUGCCUGAAUGGCUGGAGGACAUGGCACGGCAGCCUGGUGGGGGUGGUGGGGGAGGUGGACCUCGCGGUCGAAGAUACUGAGCCUGCCCGGAGCUGCAAAACGGCCCAGCCUUCGCACCCUGGGUUACACUCAGCCUAGUAGCCACUCAUUACGCAUGCAGGUCUGGGGGUCAUAGAGAUGAGUGCCGUCACCUGUCCACAGGCAUUUGUGGAUGGUUUGGCCGGCCUGUGAGAGAGGACAGAGAUAGUCAAGGACACCAUGCUUAUGCCAGGACCCUUACAGACAUGAAUGAUUUUGCACUAAAGUUUUGAUCUCAGAUUUUGUUGCCCAGAAUGGGGCAAUCCGGCAUGGGGAUGACACGCUGUGCUCAUUUGUAGACGGAGCAACCGCUCCAGACCCG